AUGUCUACUCAAAAGGGAUCCAAGCCCGCUCAACCGGAUAAGAAGAUGAAGAUUCUCAUGCUCCAUGGUUAUACCCAAUCAGGUCCCCUCUUCCACAAAAAGACCCGAGCGUUGGAGAAGCUCCUGAUCAAGACGCUCGCCCCGUCCUCCAUACUCCCGGAGCUAAUCUACCCAAGCGCCCCGGUCAACCUCCGGCCCCAGGACAUACCCGGCUACGUCUUCCCGGAGGGGGAUGACGGUCCGGACCCCGACGCCAAGACCGACGCGUGGGCCUGGUUCCGCAAGGACGACGCGACCGACACCUACCUCCACUUCGACGAGGGCAUGUCCGCCGUGUCCGAUGCCAUCCGGGACGCCGGCGGCAUUGACGCCAUCCUCGGCUUCAGCCAGGGCGCCGCCGUGGCCGUCCUCGUCGCCGCCGCUCUCGAGUCGGGGAGGGAACCCCCCGCCGGCCCCGCCGGCGAGUGGGCUCGCAGGCUGAGGGAGGCCAACUCCGUCAGGGACCGGGGCGUCACCGACCUGCUCUUCGCCGUCUCGUACUGCGGCUUCUUCGCCCCCAUGGACUCCUUCAGGUGGUGCUACGACCCCGUCAUCCAGACCCCCACCUUGCACGUCAUCGGUGGCCUGGAUACCAUCGUCGAGGAGAGCCGGUCCCGGGGACUCGUCGACCGGACCAGGGAUCCCCUCGUCGUCGUCCACCCCGGCGGUCACCACGUCCCUGUCGCGAAGGAAUGGGCUAUGCCGCUCCUCGGCUUCGUCAAGCAGCAUUCCGAGGAAAAGGUUGGGGGUGAGCAAGAGGCUGAGUAG